AUGACGCCCUUCUUAUCUACAGAUACUUCUUCCCCCAGCUUGUCGUCGCUAUCCCCUGAGAUGGAUGGAGUGCUUACCGGUGUCCGGGAUAUCAUGGAGAUCUCUGUAGCACAGGACGCAAAGCUCCUAGACAUCCUUCUUAUGAUGUCCGCUCAAGGCGAGAAAACCGAGGAAAGGGAUCAAUCGAUCACCAUGAUGCAGUCGAAACUAGUCACACAGCAGGCCAUCAUAGAGGAGAUUCGUUCGGAACAGCGACAACUAGUAUCAUCUCUUGCACCCUUGUUGGAAAGCCACGCGCAAGAUGCGGAAGAUACCUCAGCAGUACUUUCUUCGCCUAUCAUUUUGGAAACACCAGAGCCCGUGACACCCGCUGCGAACCCAGAAAGAUCGCCAAGCGUUUUCUCAGUGCCAGGGUUGCCUUCCUAUCAGACAACUCCCACACGCGCAUUUCACCCUUCAUCAUACAGGAGCAGCACUCCUAUUGCGCACACCAACUUGAAAACUUCCACUGAUGAUGACCAAUGGAAGGCUCCGAUCAGAACACAACGGGGUAGCCGACUCCGGCGCCACGGUGCUUUCUAUGGUACUCCCAACCCAUCUCCUCCAGCGAGUCCUCAGAUCCAAGAAGAGGACAUAUCUACAGCGAGGAAUUCUCCCGCAGAUGUGCACACACCGAUGGAAGUUACGCAGGAGACAGACACUGCUGCCGGCGCCGUAAAGGCUGCAGCAAGCAACGAAGGCGAUAGGGCCUUUUCCCGUAAGUUCUGCAAGCGUUGCCGAGAUUCCGACGAGCAAGAGGCAUGCGGGACUGCAAAUCGUAUGGACAUAUCUAGUAUCGUUCAUACUGCGUCCGAUGGGUCUUCUCCCUCCGUUUCGUUCUCUUUCUGUUCCGCUGGACAUAGUCCUGCUCGGGGCGGUGGCUCUACCCGUGAUGGACCCUCGAAACGCAGACGCGUAUCUCAGGAUAUUGUUGAUUCUGAUGCAGUUUCCGACACGAGACGCCCAAUCCGCAGAAGCCUGCGCCAUGCGAUGCCCCGUUAA